AGCCGACGCACUUGGUGGGAAAGAAUUUGUCCUCUUCUACGUCAGUGCACACUGGUGUCCGCCCUGUCGAAAAUUCACACCCAUGCUCGCCAACUAGUACAAGACCGUGGGAAAGAAUUUCGUCGAGGUUGUCUUCUUGUCGGCGGAUCAUGAUGAGGAUGGAUUCCGGAGCUAUUUCCAAGCCUCUCAUCCAUGGAUGGCCAUUGAUUUCGAAGACGACACACGAGAACGACUAAUGGCAACCUUGAAGGUAUCUGGAAUCCCUCGAUUGGUUGUUAUCGAUGCCAAUACUGGAAACAUUGUCGAGGACAAUGCUGUGGACAAACCACUUGAUUUAAAUCAAUGGCGGAUGGCAUGUAGAUAGACAAGCGAAGCCGUGACCGCUACAAAGUUGACCACAAGUCUACGCAGCUGGGACGUCGUACAACAUCGAAUUGCGUAUGCGUUUUGAAUCUCAACAACGAGCACGAACUUCGAAUUUCACUCAUAAUUCUGAAAAAAUUUUAGUAUUCACAAAAUGAAAUGCCAGCGAAUCUUUUAUUCUGAUUUCUCAGAACGCUUUGUAUAGUAAUAAUAGAAUCGCCAACGC